AGAAUGUGGAUGCCCUCUGAUCGUCAGUAGCCUUGCCCAACGAGAUGGUGAAGCGGGGGAUCUUGAGUGUGUUUUGUCUGCUGCUUUCAUCUGCUUCAUACUCUAAUGGAUACCUUCACCUCGACUGUCUUACAAGCAUCAAGUCUUUUGUUCGCUCUUCAUCUCUGCAGUCCUGCCAUCAUGGGACGAGGCAUCGGAUCAAGUUAAGGAUGUGCAAUCCGAAUAACGAAGAGGCGGUUCGGAUGGAAAAGGCGAUGGCGUAUGCCAAAGUUUUCAAGGAAGAAGGCGUGCCUGGUGACAUGAGAAUGUUCAACGUGAACAAGGUUGCACGAGGUACAGACGCUGUGCUGGCUGACUCUCGUCUUGCCAAAGUUUACAUGUACGCAAAGAUGUUCAAUGAGAUGCCGAAGAGUGCGGAGAGAUUGAAGGAAGAAGUGAAAGAGGUCAUCGAGAAGGAACGAUCCAACUACACCAUGCUGCGCUCCAAAGGCCGAUGGACAGAGUUGUAGUUGAUUGUGACAAUCAGUUUGCGGAGACAUUGAGAUUGUAAGAGUGUGAAAAUGAACAGAAGAACUGAAGAAAGACUGAG